AUGUCCGACUUCUACACGAUUUCUAAGUUGAACUGGAGUUACCUCCGUUCGGAGGUCGGUGAAUGGGCUGUUUCAAGCCCCAGCUACUGGUGCUUCCAGUGCCAAAUGCGCAGUUUCCAUGUCGUUGUUGUGCGAGAAUUGACUCGAGACAGCCUACAACUCAAUUCUCCAAACAGUGGCUUUCUCAUAACCUCUCAGGUGUCAUCAGCGACGACAUUUUCUCGUCUGGAUCCACUGGGCUGCGUCAACACCGCUUCAAUGGAUCUCGACUAA